ACUGGAGGGAGCCCGAGCUGAUGGCUGAGCUAUGCGGAGGAGAAGCAUCGUGCCUGCGGAUGUAGCAGAAACUUUCCACGGCUUCUCCCGCGGGGAUGCGACCAGGAACCAACACUGGAGGGAAGAAAGUUAAGAGACAGCAGUGCUCCACGGAGGGAGUAGCCUAAAAUGUGGAUGAACUGAUAUUUUCUCCACUAUCCGGGCCGGUUAAUUACUCAACUUGAAGAACCGAGCAGACUUCGCUUUUGGGGGGCGGAAAAUGGCCGUUCGUGGCAACUCGCUGAUGCCUUUCUCAAUCCAAGCCAUCCUGAACAAAAAGGACGAUAGCAGACACUUGCCAGAUUUGGACAUGUGCUUCUCCAAGACGGCGUGCUGGAAAAUAUUUGGGGAGAUGAACGGCGGGUCUCGGAGAGGUGAUGGGGAGGCUUGUGUGCCGACGGACCAGAAAAGCUACGACUCGGACUCGGGACUCAGCGACGACAACGACAGCAAGAUUCCGCCCGUGUGCAAGUCGGAGAAGGACGGGGACCCUGCUUCGGAUGUGCCGGAAGAAAGUUUGCUGGAGGAGACGGACCAUGAGUCUGCGACUGCGGAAAACGCAAAGAGCGACAGUGAGCCUAACAAUGCUACGGACUCCAGCACCCUGGACGAGAAGAGCCUGGAGCAGCCCAAACAGCGGAAAAAGCGUUCCAGGGCCGCAUUCUCUCAUGCGCAGGUCUUCGAGCUGGAGCGCCGCUUCAACCACCAGCGGUACCUGUCCGGGCCGGAGCGGGCAGACCUGGCGGCCUCCCUGAAGCUCACAGAGACUCAAGUCAAGAUCUGGUUCCAGAACCGCCGGUACAAGACGAAACGCCGCCAGAUGGCCGCCGACCUGAUGGCGUCAACCCCGGCCGCCAAGAAGGUGGCGGUGAAAGUUUUGGUGCGGGACGACCAGAGACAGUACAGCCCGGGAGAGAUCCUUCGGCCCCCGCUGCUCUCUCUCCAGCCAUCCUACUAUUACCCUUACGCCUACUGCCUCCCUGCAUGGACACUCUCUGCAUGUGCGGGGAAUCAGUGAGAACUCGGUGGCUGUAUUUAUUCAUUUUAUUUUAUUUUUAUAUUAUUUUGCUUCCGGGAAAUCAAACUAUGUGUUUUUUUUAUGACAAGAGGAGGAGACCUGAGGGGCUGUUAAUCUGCUCAGCGUCUCUGAUUAAACUGCCUCAUCGUGUUGUGCAGCCCAGACCAUGGGUUGGGUUCCCAAACUUUUUCAUAUAUUUUGUUCACAUCCUGAAACACUUUAAAAAGACUCCUAUCAUUUAGUAAGAGUCUGUCUCGAAGAUCAGAACAGUCUGAACUGUAGGUGGUUGGGGAGACUGGACCUCCUUAUAAAAUGUCAAUAUGUUAACCUCUGAGGAGUGACACAGUUAUAACAUUAAAGUAUUCCUCUCUUUGCUCGGGAGCCCCUCAAGGACAUCUGAAGUCCCCCGGACCCCACUUUGGGAACCGGCGGCCUGAAUAGACUGAAAAUAUCACCGUAUGUUGGUUGAUAUUUUAAAUGCGCCUUCCUACCUCUGCAGUGAUUGGAUAUAGGCAUAUUCCAUUGACUAUUCAUAUAAGUGUCUCUGUUACAGGUUGUGUUUUUUUUCUUGCUGUGUUUGUAAAGGUAAGAUAUUUCAGCACUUUUGAACAUAUACGUUACAUUACUUCAAUGUAAAAAAAAAAAGCAUUAUAUUGUGGACAUGUACAGUGUGAGACUGAAAGGAGGCGUUUUUCUUGUGUCAUUGGCCUGGAAGUGAUCGUGUGGCAGGAAGCAGGCUAAAGCACCGACGUCAAAUUUAAAUGUACAUGUGUUAUUUGUGUUGAAUGACUGUUUAGAUCGAAACACAUUAAAACAUAUCAGGCAUUACCAUCA